AUGACUCUUUUGCCUCGUAUUUCUAAUCGUGUCCUCUCUGACUUUAUCCUUAAUGGCUUGCAACACGGGUUCCCCAUUGGCCACUCUGGUGCUUCUGUAUCUAUCAUCUCUGGCAACCUCCCAACUGCCAUUGAACAUGCUCAGUUUGUACAACAACAAAUUGCUGACCGGGUCCGACGUGACGAAUCGGCCGGUCCUUUCUCUGUCCAGCCUUUCCACCCAUUUGUAUGCUCUCCGCUCGGCGUAGUGCCCAAGAACAACGGGAAAUUCCGCCUCAUUCACCACCUGUCUUACCCUGACCGUAUGUCUGUCAAUGAUGGAAUAAACAAGGAUUCGUUCUCCCUACAUUAUGUCACAGUGGACGAUGCCAUUGAGCUUCUGCAACGUCAAGGUACCGGUGCCUUGAUGGCGAAGCUCGACAUACGCAAUGCAUUUCGACUGGUCCCGGUCGCACCCACUGCAUACCAUUUGUUGGGUUUCCAGUGGCAGGGCCAAUUCUACUAUGACAAACGUCUGAACGUAGUCCUCUCCGUAUUCUGCUACCUGGGAGUUCCCAUUGCCGACGAAAAGACAGUCGGCCCAACCUUCUGUCUCACCUUCCUGGGCAUCGAACUGGACUCCGUCCAGAAAGUGGCUCGUCUCCCACAGGACAAGGUUGACGACAUCCGCUCCAGACUAUUGGCCUUUCGCCAACGCCAAUCCUGCCGUCUACGGGAGCUUGAACAGCUGUUGGGCAAGCUGAACUUUGCCAGCCGCGUCAUCACGCCGGGCCGUACAUUCAUGCGCCGACUGUAUGAUGCCACGCGCAACGUUUCCAAGCCCUACCACCGCAUCCGUCUCUCUCCAGAAUGUCAUCUGGACCUUCUUUGGUGGUCUCACCUACUCGAUGGCUGGAAUGGCAAGUCAUUCUUCCUCGAUCUCCAGGAGACGCUGGCCAGCGACAUCCUGAUAGAAACUGACGCAUCUGGCGCCAUCGGGCAUGGCGCAGUUUACGGCACGCAUUGGUUCGCCGACACCUGGUCACCACAACACACUCCGCUCUGCAUUACGUUCAAGGAGCUGUAUCCCAUCUGCAUUGCAUGUGCUACGUGGGGCCACCAGUGGUGUCGCAAGCGUAUCCGCUUCCAUACCGACAACGAAGCUGUCGCCGCUGUUCUCAAGUCUGGCACCAGUCGCUGCCCUAAUGUGAUGUCACUCCUACGGCAGCUCUUCUUCAUCUGCGCCAAGGGUAACGUUAUGGUCACCGCCCGUCACAUACCUGGAACUACCAACAUCCUUGCUGACGCUUUCUCCAGGCAAGAUUUCAAGCGAUUCCAUUCGUGCCACCCUACCGCCGCUCACAUGCCCACUCCCGUGCGUGCCCUUCCGUCCAUUCCUGGGGAGACUUCGGCCGUGCCUUGCACUGCCGAGUGA